AUGAAUCCUGAAUAUGACUACCUGUUCAAGCUGCUUCUUAUAGGAGACUCUGGUGUCGGCAAGUCUUGCCUGCUCUUGCGGUUUGCGGAUGACACCUACACAGAGAGCUACAUCAGCACAAUCGGGGUCGACUUUAAGAUCAGAACGAUUGAAAUGGAACAGAAGACUGUCAAACUACAAAUUUGGGACACAGCUGGACAAGAGAGGUUCCGGACCAUCACAUCCAGCUACUACAGAGGAGCACAUGGGAUCAUCAUUGUAUAUGAUGUCACUGAUCAGGAGUCCUUUAACAACGUGAAGCAGUGGUUGGAGGAGAUUGACCGCUAUGCGUGUGAAAAUGUCUCCAAGUUGCUUGUGGGAAACAAGUGUGACUUGGUCUCUAAAAAGGUAGUGGACUCUGCCACUGGUCAAGAAUUUGCUUCAUCCCUAAAGAUUCCAUUCCUGGAGACCAGUGCGAAAAAUGCUGAUAAUGUAGAGAAAUCAUUUUUAACCAUGGCCUCUGAAAUACAGAAGCGUGUUGGAAGUGAUGGUGUUCAGAGUGAGGCUGCUAAAGUGGGCAACAAGAUAAACAGUGCACCCCUUUGUCCCGGGGGGAAAGAUGAGGCUGCCGCAGAGGAGGGGAAUUCUUGUUGCUAAUGCCAUACACAAAAUACAGAAUAAGAGAAUCAAUGAGUUUCGACACUAUCUUAAUUUCCUUUUGUUUUGUUCAGAGAUGGUAAUUGAUCCUUGUGAGAACAGCUAUGCAAUAGUUAUGCGGUAGCCUGUUCCAACAGUGCAUAGAAUGUGGCCUGCUGAAAGGCACCCUUUGAAUUAGUCUGGGUACCAUUCUAAUGUAAUAGCUGAACACAGACAGCAACCGUGCUACCUUUGAAUGGCCUGGGUAUCGAACAUGUGACAAAAGACAACAGUUGAUUUACCCAUGUGGGGUAGGUGAAUGUUUGCUUGAUGCUUU